AUGCCCCCACCGCCAAACACCCUCCUCCUCCUCGCCGCGCUCCUCCUCGCGACGGCCUCGUCCACCGCCGCCAUGCAGCUCUUCCCCAUGGCGUCGCACCCCGAGGUGGACGCGUGCGUCGACGCGGAGGCUGACGAGCGCCGCCUUCUUCAGCACGACCACUGCGACCGCGGCGGCGUCUCCACCUGCGGCGUGGACGAUCCGGUGAUGACGCGUCACCCCGCGGUGUUGGCCCGUUGGCCCGCCGUCGUCGAUGCGCUGCGAAGGAGCGUGCGCGAUACGACGGCGCGCGCGCGAGAGGGCCUCCGCCGCGCGCGCCGACGACACCGAGCCGCCGCCCGCGCCUCGUCCGAGGAAACGCCCGCGGACGGCGACGGCGCCGCCGCCGACGAGGACGACGACGACGAAGGCGCGCACCACGCCGCGCAGCGCGACACGCUCGCGGCGAUCGUCGACACCCUCGAGGAUAUCGAGCGCCAGCUGUUCCUCGCGGCGCCGUCGCGCCGCGCGGCGUCGCGAGCGCCCGCGCCCCUCGCGGCGCUCCGCGACCGCGCGCUGUCGUGGCUCGGCCGCGGUCCCGAUAAAACGCACGGCACCCCCCCCGACAGUGCCACGACGAACCACGGCCUCGUCGACUGGCAGCGCGACUUGCUGUUCAAGACAGCCGUCGACGUGGUGGAGACGGACCGCGCGUACGUGCUGCGCGCGGACGUGCCCGGGCUCGGGGACGAGGAUCUUCGCGUCGACGUCGACGACGACGCCAGGACCCUGCGGGUGUUUGGCCGCAGAGACGACGCCGAGGAAACCAACGCCAAAACCAAAACCAAAAACGCCAAAACCAAAAACGCCAAAACCAAAAACGCCAAAACCAAAAACGCCGACGAGGACCAAAGCGAAGACCCCGCCUCGGUCCCCGCCCUCACGACGCCGGUGUACCACGCCAGGGAACGACACUUCGGCGCCUUCGAGAACACGUACGCCCUGCCGCCGGACGCGGACGCCGCGGCCGUGGUCGCGUCUGUUCGAGGCGGCGUGCUCGAGGUGACGGUGCCAAAGAAGUCGGCGGAGGCGGGGGCGGGGACGCGGGGACCGAGGCGGGUCGCGGUGGCGCGGGAGUGA